AUGCCUUUCUGUGUUACUCCACCCUUCUCUGAUUCCAGCGUCGAUUGGCGCACGACGUCGCCGCAACUGCAUGCGAAGUUUUCGAAGGCCGUUUCUGCAAUCACGCCCCUGAAGCCUGUAAAAAUGGUUGAACAUGAAACCAUGGACGAUUCACAUGCCGACACUUCAAACGCUGAUGCCCAUCCAGCGCCAGGGGUGUCGUUUGUGAAAUCGCGUGGGCGAAACCUUGACGUUGACGCGUGGAUAGAGAGCGUGAAGAGUUGUAGAUAUUUGCCCGAAGAAGACAUGAUGUCACUUUGCGAUAGUCUUAUCGAGCGACUUGUACACGUCCCGAAUAUUGUCCAAGUCGAUUUGCCGGCGACGAUAUGCGGCGAUAUCCAUGGCCAAUUCUAUGACUUGUUGGAAUUAUUUCGCGUCGGGGGUCAAGUGCCGGACACGAAAUACGUUUUUAUGGUGAACGAAGGCUUUCGAUAUAUGUUUAACGAAAUGCUCUGUAACGUGUGGUCAGCCCCUAACUACUGCUAUCGUUGCGGUAACACGGCGUCGGUUCUCGCAAUUGCCGCUGAUCAACGUCGAGAGAUCAAAUAUUUCGAAGCCGUCGCGGAAGAAGAUCGUGUUCGUCCUGAUCGCAUAGUCUCCCCGUAUUUCCUG